AUGGACGUCAUACCUUCUACCACACCGGACGAAGCCGUCCGCAGGUCCGCGAAGCGAACCGCUGAACUUUUCGGCUCCGAAUACCUCAUGGUCACACCCAGUGUCGCCGAUGGAUCGAUCGGACUGUCCUACCGACGAAAGGCGGAAUACUCAGACGUGAAGGAAUUACCUCCAGCUCUCGCCGAGAAGCAAGCGAAAGCAGCAGCGGCAGGUCGCGCGAAGCGCCCAAAGAUCCAAGCGCAAACGAAACCACAAGCAGACGGAAGCGGCGCCUCGAUGUCACUCGUGAAAAGGGCUGCUGGACCGGCCGCGGGCGGAGUGGGUGGUGAAGAUCAACCGAAGAGUCUGAUUCAGAGGCCCUCGGCUACGCGACAGCAGAGACCUGACUGGCAUCCUCCUUGGAAGCUGAUGAGAGUGAUCUCGGGACAUCUGGGAUGGGUGCGGAGUUUGGCAGUGGAACCGAACAACGAAUGGUUUGCUAGCGGUGCUGGUGACAGAACAAUCAAGAUCUGGAAUCUUGCGACAGGUGCUCUUCGUCUGACGCUCACGGGCCAUAUCUCUACCGUCCGCGGGUUGGCCGUGUCUCCACGACAUCCGUACCUCUUCUCCUGUGGUGAAGACAAAAUGGUCAAGUGCUGGGAUCUGGAAACAAACAAGGUCAUCCGCCACUACCACGGUCAUCUGAGCGGAGUAUAUACUCUCGCAUUACACCCGCGCCUCGAUCUUCUGGUGACUGGCGGUCGAGACGGUGUUGCCCGAGUUUGGGAUAUGCGGACAAGAAGCAAUGUCCACGUUCUGGCGGGCCACAAGGGCACCGUCGCCGACGUGAAAUGCCAGGAAGCCGACCCACAGAUUAUUACCGGUUCUCUCGACGCUACAGUCCGCCUGUGGGACCUUGCAGCCGGGAAGUCCAUGGGUGUUCUCACGCACCACAAGAAGGGCGUGCGCAACCUCGCCAUCCACCCGCGAGAAUUCACAUUCGCCAGCGCCAGCACAGGGAGCAUCAAGCAAUGGAAAUGUCCCGAGGGAGACUUCAUGCAGAACUUCGAGGGCCACAACGCCGUCAUAAACUCCCUCGCCGUGAAUGAGGACAAUGUCCUCUUCUCUGGUGGUGAUAACGGCUCCAUGUGCUUCUGGGACUGGAAGACAGGCUACAAGUUCCAGUCCAUCGACACCAUGGCCCAGCCGGGUUCUCUGGACGCCGAAGCCGGUAUCAUGGCUGCUACAUUCGAUCGGACCGGCUUGCGUUUGAUCACCGGAGAGGCCGAUAAGACCAUCAAGGUCUGGAAACCGGACGACGAGGCGACGCCGGAGUCUCACCCUGUCACUUGGGCACCGACCCUUGGCAGACAGAGAUAUUAG